AUGCUUGGCCUAUCGGUGGAAGAAAAGACUCGCAACGUACUCGGUUGGAGCGACUCCAGCACCGGGUGCAACACCGGCUACCGUACCCGCCGGAUGUCGGGCGGCAGUUGCGCUUCUGAUCUAUCAGGCUCGUUCACAGCGAGCAGCUCGUCGACCCCAUCCCCUCACACUCCAUUCUCCCUCGGCUCAAUGGCUGGCCGUGACAAUGAGGAAGGCACUUCCUCCUCAAACGCGCUGGUCUUCGAACGGAUGCGCCGUGUUAUACACACACUGCCUGGGAAUUCUCGCGGGAACACGUUCGAGGAACUGAUGGACAAGUUCUCGCAAGAAAUGGAAACCGCCGAGACGGAGCGGAAGGGGAUGUGGGGAUCGUCGUCUGGAGAGAGUGCUGCUCAACGGUUCGGCGGCUCUGGAGGAGGAGGAGGCCUCUGGGACUCCAGCUCCAACGAUAACUCCGGCGGUCCAUUCCCCGCUGACCUUGCUGGCGUUGAUGUGUCGGCCUUCAAAAAUUUGCUCCUCAAUCAACCCAUGUCGUUCUCGGGCCGAUUC